AUGAAACGUGAGCGCGGGGCGAGAGGCGGUUUGUUUUUAUUACCCAACAAUGGCCAGCGAAAUGGCUUUUUAUUCAGCAAAUUAUUUUCUGAAGCACCUCGACUGCGCUGCUUUAAGCAUUAUUCGUUAAACGUUUGGUUCAAGAACAGGAGGGCCAAGUGGCGGAAGCAGAAACGGGAGGAGCAGGAGAGGAUAAGGAAGAUCCAGGAGGAAGAUUCCGUUUGCAGGUCCUCAAACGCAGAGCCGCCCAUGAUCCUCAAGCAGCAAACGUUCAGCGAUGAGGACUCUUCGGAUCUAGAGCAUUAUUUAAUUGCAACUUUUUGUGACUUAUCGAAAGCCUUUGACUGCGUACCUCACGAUGCCCUACUGCAAAAGCUGAGUGAAUAUAAUUUUUCGACUGACUCAGUAGAGUUAAUAAAGUCUUAUUUGUCGGAGCGAGUCCAACAGGUGAGAGUAGAUGGAGUGCUAUCAGGGAGGAAGAAGGUUGUCUACGGAGUUCCUCAGGGCUCAGUCCUUGGACCACUUCUUUUUCUUAUUUAUGUGAAUGAACUACCUAUAUACAACAAUCUAGCUAACCAUAUACUUUUUGCUGAUGACACAACGAUUCUCGUGAGCGGAGGCGAUUUGAGUGAUCUAGUAGAGGCAUCGCUGGGUGCGCAGUCAAGGGCUGCAACAUGGUUUUGCGAUAACAAACUUUGUUUAAACGAAACAAAGACGGUAAAUGUCCUGUUCUCACUCUCUAGGGAAGGGCUUUUAAAUUUCAACCCAACAACAAAAUUUUUGGGUGUAGUAAUUGAUAAUAAAAUAAGUUGGAAAAAUCAUGUGGAUGAGGUUGCAAAAAAGCUUAGUAAAAAUAUAUAUUUGUUACGAAAUCUCUCAAAAUCUGUAUCACUUCCUGUAUUAAAGACAGCAUAUUUUUCAUUGUGUCAUUCGUUACUGUCUUAUGCAAUAUUAGUUUGGGGUCAGGCUGCAAACUGGCAUCGAAUAUUUUCCUUACAGCGUAGAGCGGUAAGGAUAGUAUCCGAACUAAAUUAUCGCGAAGACUGUCGAAGUAAAUUUUCUGAACUUAAAAUUCUCACUUUUCCGUCCAUUUUCAUUUUUGAAACUUUGGUUUAUACCAAGCUUAAUUUGACAAAGUUUGAAAAUAAUAACUCCAACCAUCUGCAUAACACUAGAAGUCAAGAUAACAUAAGAGAAGCAGGCAGGAAUCUUGAUGAUGCUGUUAAUAUCUACGCUCAGCGUUUUCCGUAUAAAAUUCGAUCACGCACUUCAUUUCACCGUACAGUCAAGCAGUUUACUACAAACGGGAGUGUUCAACCGAAAAAAAGAGUUCGUCGAGCAACAGACACAGGUGGAAAUAAUGAAAUUAAUGUAUUAGCAGCAUCGGCCGCUAAUCCUCAUGCAAGCACACGAGAAUUAUCUAGAGAUUUGGGAAUAUCCCAGAGCAGUGUUAGCAGAAUAUUAAAACGAAAUAAAUGA